AUGACUCCCUCUACAAGAAGGUCACGAGGCAAGUCUUCAAGCUCAAAGAACAAGUCAAGAUUUACCAAUCUCCAAAUGGUCCAAUCUAGUGAUUCCUCUAUGAAUGUCUUCACUUUCAAUGUAGCUCCAAACAAUGAUGUCAUGGAGUCUAUCUUUGACAUUGCGCAUCGAGACCAUGUUAGUAUCACCGUCAUUAGUGCUUCUGGAACAAUCAACAAGGUGACUCUCCAAUCUUCAAGCCACAGUACAUCCUCUCUCAUACUCCAUGGACCCUUUACCUUGGUCUCCCUCACUGGUUCCUAUUUAUACAACAACCAAUACACCCUUCACCCCGGAGCCUCCCCACCCUUUCCCUUAUCCUUUGGGAUCAACCUCUCCACCUCUCAAGGUGAAGUCUUUUGCGGCAUCGUUGGUGGUAGAGUCAUUGCUGGUGAGAAUGUUAGGGUCACAAUCUCCAUGUACAAUAACCCUGAUAUUUUGAAGUACACGAUCGAAUGUUCAGAAAGGGAUGACAAUCAUAAUGACAAUAAUAACAACCUCAAUUAUAACAAUAACCCUAAUAAUUUCAAUGGGGGUGAUGACUUGUUGGAGUUCAACCCAGUUACCCUUGGGGUUCGUGGGUGGUGA